UUGUUCUCCUUCUUUUCGUCUCUACACACCAGGCAAGCCUCAGGGCAUCACAACAAAAUAUCAUCAUCAGAUCUACGAAGUCAAUGGAAAUAACAUGCAUGCAUACAAGGCGUUGGGCAAGCAAGCGAUCAUCUUCAUGUCCCUUUUGUUUCUUUUAACAGCGUUUUGCUUCCCAGCGGCUACGAUGCACCAUCGAUUCCACCUCUCAAACGAUCUUCUCUCUCCCAAAAGGAGCACCACCACAAAUAUUCAUCCUGGACAAUCGUUACAUAUACAUACGCCCUUCGGAGAUUUGGGCCUUUUUGGUUUUCAUUUGUCGCCAAGAUUUGUGCUUUCUUUUUUUUUUUUCGUUUGCUUUUGGAUACAUACUAUGUAUUACAGAUACCCCGGAGGAAGUUUCCACGCCAACCUGGCGAGUCAAUAAGAUGGAAUCAUUGGAGGAAAUUGCAGAAAAGAGAACCUAA